AUGAAGUCCCACACAAGUCUUCAAGUGCGUCUCCCUGCACUCAUUUUUGUCAUGGAGAUUGCCAUGCUAGUCCUUUAUUCUUUAUUUGUCACGUACGAUGACAAUGCCAAUGCCAAGCUACAAAACAAUGAGACGAACCCAAUGGACAACUCAAUGUAUCGAGAUUACCCCUACUUCGCUGACGUCCAGGUGAUGAUUUUCGUCGGUUUUGGAUGCUUGCUUGCGUUCUUCAAAUUUUAUGGAUUUAGUGGUAUGGUUUUUAACUUUCUCACUGCCGCUUUUUCAAUCCAGUGGGCAAUUUUAAUCCAAGGUUUUUUCCAGUUUUACCACGAUGGAAAGAUUCACAUUGGCAUCGUCAAUUUGCUGAAUGCAGAGUUUGCAUGUGCAGUUGUGCUCAUUUCUUUCGGAGCAGUUCUUGGAAAGACUAGUCCAGUUCAGCUUGUGGUUAUGGCUUUGCUUGAAAUCCCAAUUUUUGCCGUCACCGAAUGGGCUGUUUUGAAGUAUUUACGAAUCACAGACGCUGGUGGUACCAUUUUAAUUCAUUUAUUUGCUUGCUACUUUGGACUUGGCGUAACUUUCGUCUUGUAUCGACCAAGUUUGAACUCCGGACACCCCAAAGAGACAACCAGCUACAAUUCGGACAUUCUUUCAGUGAUGGGCACGUUGUUUUUGUGGGUUUUCUGGCCAUCGUUCAACUCCUCUUUGACCUUUAAAGGUGACGACCAACAUCGAGCAGUUCUACACACUUUUAUUGGUCUCAGCUCUUCGACCAUUACAGCUUUUGCCCUGUCAGCGAUGUUCAACAAGCGCGGUAAACUAACGAUGGCGGACAUCCAAAACGUCACUCUCGCAGGGGGAGUGACCGUUGGCGCGUCCGUGGAUAUGAUUUCUCCGGCUGCUGCGUAUUCACUGGGGAUUCUGGGUUGCACUGCUUGCUUUUUCGGGUAUAAAUACUUAACUCCUUUCAUGGCGAAGAAAUUGAGAAUCCAAGACCAAUGCGGCAUCCAUAAUCUCCACGGACUCACUGGGAUCAUUUCAUCAAUGGCAGGGAUUUGCGCCAUUUUGCUUGCAACGGAAGAGACCUAUGGACCUAGCUUGUAUCAGAUCUUCUCUCAUCGCGCCCCACCAGAAGGAGAUCCGAAACUACUCGAACUUCAACAGCUAAUCCCGGGGCUAAAACCCGGAUUGGGUCGCACGGCUAAAGAACAAGCGUUAUUUCAGGUAGCUGCCAUAUUCGCGACGAUAGGAGCUUCCAUCGUGGGAGGGUUGCUAACGGGUUUGGUGAUAAAUUUGAAGUUUAUGGCAUCUCCGUCGGAUGAAGAUUGUUUUGACGAUGAGGUGUUCUUUGAUGUGCCUUCAGACUUUGACACCGGAAUUAUUUUCAAGAAGGAAGACGUUUUGGAUGAGAAGGUUCAAACCCCGAUGAACAUGACAAAAAAUCAAUGA